CAUUUCAGCUGUAGUAGGCUAUGGUGAAGGGAGGAGAGAAAUGAAUGAGAAAGAAAGAGCGCAGAGAAACAGAAAGAAAGGCAGAGCUGGGGCAGCAGUGAAGUAGCAGGCAGACAGGAAGGCAUAAGGAAGAAAAAGCUAAGGGAGGACAGGAUUAGCAUUUUCUUCCUGCCUUCUCGGGGAGGGAGGAGGAAAGAAAGAAAGAGCUGAGACUGUGGAUUCUCCUUCUUUUCUUUCAUCAUCUCCUCCUUGCUGAAGCUGCUCUAAAUGUUCUCCCUUAGAGGAAGAGCUUUGGGGUAGCAUAGGAAAGGAGGUUGGCUUGCAUACUAAAGCUAUCUAAAGGUAGACGAACAUACAUCUGGGACGGAAGUUGCAGGCAUGGCUGCCAAAAGAGGCAAGUCUGGAGUACCACAGAAUGUGGCACGGAGUGAGCUGAAGGUCUACCGUACAGGUAGCACAGAGGGACGCAUCCCUGUGCCUACCAACCUGCGAAAGCAGAGGUCUCUGACCAACCUAGCUGUUUUAACGGAUGCCGAGAAGAAGAUGCAGCUCUAUGAGCCCAAGUGGUGUGACGACAUGGGCAAGGCAGGCACUAGCCACCUGAAGACAGGAAAGCCAAAACCAACAGGCGGAGGAGGAGGCGAAGGGCCUGGCAGUGCCCAACUAUCAAGGAACCUAUCAAAGUCAGAACAUUCUCUGUUUCAGGGCAAACCUAAACCCUUUACCCCGCUUGCUGCUCCUGGUGCCCUGGGGAAGACCCAGAGUCGUAUCCCUCGUGGCCCUUAUGCAGAAGUAAAGCCUCUUAGUAAAGCUGCAGAUGAUGGAAAGUCUGAUGAUGACAUCCUUUCCAGCAAGGCAAAGGUGGCAGGCAAGAAGACUGCAGCUGGGGUUCAUGGGGACUCUGAGGCCAAAGGCCAAGGUGAGGAAGGUGGUGAUAAGCCCUUUUUGAAGGUGGAUCCAGAGCUAGUGGUCACAGUUCUUGGAGAUCUGGAGCAGUUACUCUUCAGUCAGGUGCUUGAUCGAGAGUCUCAAAGGAAACGUACUGUUCAGAAUGUUCUGGAUCUCCGGCAGAACCUGGAAGACACCAUGUCCAGCCUGCGAGGGACCCAACUCAGCCACGGUUGCCUGGAUAGUAGCAUGUGCUAUGACAGUGAUGACACCAAUGCCCGUAGUGUCUCCAGCCUCUCCAACCGCUCCUCUCCACUGUCCUGGCGUCAUGGCCAGGCCAGUCCUCGACUACAGGCUGGCGAUGCCCCAUCUUCCACCGGUUACCCACUGGGUUCAAAAGCUGCAUCCCAAUACACCUCUCAUACCAUGCCUGCCCGGUGUUCAAGUCGCCUUGGCAACACCUCCCACAUUGAACUUAUUGAGACCCUGGACACAGGAGAUGGCGACCUUAAAUCCGGCUACCUGAGUGAUUCUGACCUAAUGAGCAAGAGUUUAAAUGAGGAUGAUGAUGAUGACGAUAAUCUUGCCAACGGGUGGGAUGAGAGCAGUUCCAUCAGCAGUGGUUUAAGUGAUGGCUCUGAUAAUCUCAGCUCAGAGGAUCUAAAUGCCAGCUCCUCACUGAACUCACUGCCCACGACACCAGUCGGCUCCCGACGGAAUUCCUCUGUCAUGCUCCGUACAGAUGCAGAGAAGCGCUCCCUGGUGGAAAGCGGACUUGCUUGGUACAGCGAGGACAACAAGGCCUUGCAGAAAGCUGACGCCGGCUCUUAUGACACAGGCAGCCUGAAAACCAAGUCCUCAAGCAAAUACAGGAAGAGCAGACCAGCAGAGGGUGCUGCUCAGGAGAAGACUGCAAAACGAGAGCUGAAAAAGCCACAGAGCCUCGGACAGCCAGGCAACUUCAGGAAGGGCCAAAAUCCUCCAGUUGGCAUCACAUCUCCCAUCACACACACGUCUCAGAGUGUGCUGAAAGUGGCAGCAACACCUAAAGGAGACACUAAGGCAGUGGAUAAACAGAAGUUGUCCUUAAAGACUUCAGGCCUGCAGCGUUCCCGCUCAGAUGCAGGUCGGGAGAGCGUCGAGCACCGCAAACCCCCCUCAGGCCUAGUCAAACCCACUGCAGGAAGUUUUGGCUACAGGAAAGCUCCAACAACUGGCACGGCCACUGUAAUGACAGCAGGAGGUGCUACCAUCUCCAGCGGGUCAGCCACAGUGGGCAAAACUCCUAAGUCCUCAGGCAUUCCCACCAAGCCUGUUCCGGGAGGAGGUAGCCGGAAAAACAGCCUGGACGCCAGCAAUGGUGAGAACGGCUUCCUAGCACCAAACGCCCGCGGCAGCAUUCAAUACCGAAGUCUCCCUCGUCCAGCCAAGUCCAGUGCUAUGAGUUUAACGGGGCGAGCCGCCUCUCGUCCCGUUAGCAGCAACAUCGACGCCAGCCUCCUUAGCCUGAAGCCCAUGCCUGCUUUACCUGCUACCAUGCCCACUAGAGGAAAGGAUGGUAGUAUAAAGGUAGGCAUUCGACCUAGCAACUUUGGGCCUGUUAACCAGACAGACAGGGAGAAGGAGAAGGAGAGGGCUAAGGCUAAAGCGGACCUGGAAAACAACUCUCUGAAGAGUGAGAACCAGAGAGAGAGUUGUGGAGAGAAUUUAGAGCAGAUCCACAGGACACGCAGGACUAGCACAAGCAAAUACUCAGAACUGUGUUCUCCAACUACCACACCACGAAUGCUGACUAAGUCUCUUGCACACCCUCCAAGCCUGGUGCACCUGGACAAGUUGAACUCCAACAGCCUGGAUUCAUGUGUGACUAUCGAAGACCUUCCACCUAAAAUUCCUCCUUACUCCAAGCUGCAGGACCUGGUCAGUUCACGAAUGCCUAGUCGUCUCACACCCAGCCCUGCUCCAGUGCUCAACAUUGACUCGCCAAGCUGCUUCUCCGGUCAGCCGCUUUCUCUGAGCAGCUCCCCUCUCUUAUACCCUAAGAUGUCUGGUGUCCACCGCAGCAUGGAGUCCCUGUCCCUGCACAUGAGCCUGCCACCCAGCGUGGAACUCAAAGACAAAGAGGAGUCCACAUGCAGGACUAUGGGCACAUGGGGGGCAGGGAAUCGCACAUCGGUCACCUUAAAUGACAGUUUACAAACUGACAGGAACACCUUACCCAAGCAAGGACUAAGUCGCUAUGGCAGUAGCCAAUCGGAAUUAGAAGGGAAGGAGCGUCGCCACUCCCACACGAUAAUGAGCAUGGCUGAGUCUGAGAGCCCACCCCAACUUCCAUCGCCAACUCAUUUGAGCCAGUCUUUUGCUGGCAAAACACCACCCACCAAUGUGGUGGCUCCCAUUACAUGCUCGAACACCACCCCUCGCAUCACUCGCUCCAACAGUAUUCCGGCCAACGAGGGCAGCUAUGACCUGUAUGCAAGUUCCCCAAUGGGAAGCUCAAUGUCACUGGCCGAUCGGCCUAAAAGCAUGAUGCGCUCUGGAUCCUUCCGGGAGCCUGGAGAGGACGUCCACGGUUCUGUUCUAUCCCUGGCCUCCAACGCGUCAUCGAACUACUCAUCGACAGAGGAGAGAAUGCAGGGAGAGCAAAUCCGCAAACUAAGGCGUGAACUUGAAGUAUCUCAAGACAAAGUGGCCAACCUGACGAAUCAGCUGUCCACUAACGCAGGCCAGGCUAACCUGGUCGCUGCGUUCGAACAGAGUCUGACGCUUAUGACUGCUCGCCUGCAGAGCCUGUCUGUCAGCUCUGAUCAGAAGGACGUGGAGCUACAGGACCUGAGGGAAACCAUUGACAUAUUGCAAUCUAAGAGCACAGAGGCCCAGGUUAUCAUCCAUGGAGCACUCAACAACCCAGACUCCACCCCCAAAGAACUACAGAUUAACAGGCAGAAUUCAUCUGAAAGCAUUGCCAGCAUGAACAGCAUCACCAGUCAUUCUAGCCUGGGCAGCCUAAAGGAACAAGAUGCCAAGAAAAAGAAGAAGAAAAGCUGGGUGUAUGAGUUGAGAAGUUCCUUCAAUAGGGCUUUCUAUAAAAAGGGCUCCAAGUCGUACUCGGAUAUUGAGGAAAUUGCCACCCCAGAGUCCUCAACGCCUUCCUCCCCUAAAAUCCAUCACGAUGUAGAAAAAUCACCAUUUUCUCUAAAUGAAUCGACAUGUAUUUCCUCUUCUGAACUGGGCGACAGCAGUGAGGGCGCAGAACCCGAUGAGAAGGUGGUGUCUGAGCUGCGCUCUGAACUCUGGGAGAAAGAACGCAAACUUACAGAUAUUAGGCUGGAGGCCCUUACUUCUGCUCACCAGCUGGAGCAGCUACAGGAAGCCAUGAGCAAAAUGCAGAUGACUGUAGAAAAUCUAAAGGCAGAAAAUGACCAGCUGAAGACAGGUAGCUCCAGACCGCCAAGCUCCACUUCCCAGUCCUCCGGGCUUGGCUCGUUGGGCACCUUGUCACCACGGCAAUCUGUGGCAUCUCUUAGCAAAACGUUUAGCAUGGGAGCAACUGAAAGCUUAAACACAGAUGUAUUUCAAAGUCCUACCUCGACCCUGCAGAAGGAUGAGAGCAUCGUCAGAGUGUUGGUGCGCAUACCCAACCAGCAAGUGAUUGAUGAGGAGGUUAAACAACUGGAAUUCUUCAUUGGUCUGAUCAAACUCAGUGGGCAGACCGACUGGUGCACGCUUGACUCUGCCAUCUGCAAAGCUUUUAAAGACUAUUUAUCAGUGGUGGACCCAAGCUCCAGCCUGGGCCUGUCUCAGGACUCUAUCUACAGCUACAGCCUUAGUCAUCUAAAGAGGGUGCUAGGGGCUCAGCCACCUGAGACUCCACCAGUACGCUGCCUUAGCAAGAGUUCCACCUGCAUCAACGUGGCUCUCAAAGGUCUGAAGGAGAAGUGUGUGGACAAUGUGGUGUUUGAGACGCUUAUCCCGAAGCCUAUGAUCCAGCACUACAUUAGUUUGCUGCUGAAGCACCGGCGUUUGAUCUUAUCGGGCCCCAGCGGCACAGGGAAGUCUUACCUCUCCUCCCGCCUGGCUGAGUACCUGGUGGAGCGCAGUGCCCGAGAGAUCACCCCUGCCGUCGCAGUCUCCUUCAACAUGCACCGUCAGACCUGCAAGGAUCUCCAACUCUACCUGUCUAACCUGGCAAAUCAAAUUGACCGGGAAACCAGCACAACUGAAAUCCCACUUGUCGUUGUGCUUGAUGAUGUACAUGAUGCUGCAUCUAUCAGCGAAUUAGUUAAUGGUGCUUUAACAUGUAAAUAUCACAAAUGUCCAUAUAUUAUAGGGACCACAAAUCAGCCAGUGAAGAUGACCCCUAACCACAGCCUGCACCUUAGCUUCAGGAUGGUAAUGUUCUCCAAUAACGUGGAGCCAGCCAAUGGCUUUCUAGUGCGCUACCUGCACAGGAAGCUAAUGGAAGCAGAGGAGCCCAGAAGCCUGACAAAUGAGGAUCUUCUACGGGUGCUAGAUUGGGUUCCCAAGCUUUGGUACCACCUCCACGCUUUCCUGGAGAAGCACAGCACCUCUGACUUCCUUAUUGGGCCGUGCUUUUUCCUGUCCUGUCCAGUGACGGUUGAUGAGUUUCGCUGUUGGUUCAUUGACCUGUGGAACCACUCAAUCAUUCCUUACCUGCAAGAGGGAGCCAAAGAUGGUAUCAAGGCACAUGGUCAGAAGGCAGUGUGGGAGGACCCAGUGGAGUGGGUGCGGGAUUCUCUUCCUUGGCCCUCUGCCCAGCAGGACCAGGCCAAGCUCUUCCAUCUGCCUCCACCCAGCAUGGGUGCAGCCAGCCCGAGUCAAGCUGGAGAUGAGCGGCCCCACAAAGAAACCCCUCCUAGCUCAAUGGAGUCGGACCCACUGAUGGCAAUGCUGCUAAAACUGCAGGAGGCAGCCAAUUAUAUUGAAUCACCAGAAAAAGAGGCAGAUCCCAAACUGCCCACGCUAUGAACACAAAUAUAUACUGAGCCUUCACUGAUCUGUUUCAUCUCUCCAGUGGUUCGGACCAAACUCAGAGGUCCUAAUGCAAACUCCUGAAUUAUAUCUUCAUUGUCAUAAAUUACUAAAAGGAAUUAUGUCAGUAUUCUUCUAACAGAGAACAUAAGUCGUUUUUUCUUGGUUGUUGGUUGACACACCUGGUUUUGCUUUCCUGUUUAUAUAAUAAUGUAUGUACAUUGCAAAAAUAUUUGUUAUAAAACGUGUCAUAAAAGCCAAUAGAUACUUUUAGUCACACACAAAUAGGUACUUUUGUUACAAACAGAAAUAUAUAAUGCUUGUACCUGCAGAUUAUGUACAUCCUACAGUUUACAUACAGCAUAAUCAGUAUAUGUUUUUCUUUCCAUGAGCAUUUACUGUUCCACUGCUGCCCACAGUACAACUCAAGGAAGCAGGUGUUACGUGCUAAUUUGCUAGCAUGCACAAACUGCAUUCACCUCACAGCCUCUGAGGAAAACAGUGCAUCCAAUAGAUUGCAGUGAUCAAGCACAUCUGCCCGGCCAUUAACUUCAGUGAUCGUCUACCCAAUAUCUAAACUGCAUGCUGGAGCCUGUGACUGCUUUGAACUUUAGAAACACCUUGGGUUUCUUACGGUCUUGUUUUCCUGCCAGAGUGUCAUUUUGGCAAAAAAUUCAAUGCCAUUAAAAAAAAAAGGCAAAGUUCUGGAAAGUAUGCUAUUCUGUCCCCUGUAGGGGGCAAUGUUUAUCUCCAAAUCUACAUUGUCACACUACUGGCAAUGUUUGGGAGUCAGCACUUCAACCGUACAUAGCAAAGAGCAUGGAGAGUGUUUGCAGUAGCUGAAUGCUAUUUCUGUAAUCUCUCUAACAGCAUAACGUUUCUCUAUUCUUUUUAUGUAAUAGUACUGUAGUAAGAUUUUAUUCGGCUUCGAAACUAAGCUCAGGGGGGGUGGGUAAUCUCAGGCAUUCAGAUAUGAUCAUUUGAUAUUGCUGUACUUUUGGUUAAAGGCUCUCUUGUAGCAUAUGGUGCAAAUGUCUCAAAAUGCAAAAACCAAAUACUCAAGUGUUGAAACCUGCUCAGACCUGCUCGGUACCAGCCAUGAGUUCGGAGUAGGAGAGAAAUGGCCCCUACUGCCCCUGCAUUGAGAGCUUCUAAACGAGAAUUCUAGAAAAACGUAGGAUAUUUUGAUUUAUUUGGUGCUAUCACCCGCCUCUAGGAAAAUAACAAUUUUUCCAUGCAGUGGUCUUAUAUUUAUAGGUGCUUUAUCUCAGUAAAAUAGCCUUACGGUCUCAUAGCAUACAAUGGCAUCUUCAUGAAGUAACUACCAGACACUUACUAUCCAUCCAAUAACUUUACAGCACUCCUUUCUACUUUAAAUAGCUGUGGCAUGUCUUAACAUUAUUCCUUAUCCAAUGUUACAAUUAAAGCCUAUCAUAAGCAUAUCAUAACAGUAUUUUUCUGGUAAUGAAUCUAAAGGUGAAGUUGCGUGCUGCUUUAUCAGAAGAUCUGACAUUAGGCACUGUAGUAAAACUAUGAGGCAUGAACUUUGAUACGCUCGGCUAGGAAUGUACUGCAUAAACUAGAGGAUGUUCAGUUGCUCAAAAUUAGCAGUGGACCAGUAAUUCCCCACACCUUUGCCAGAAAACACAAAGCAUAUCAAUAUAUGCAUGUUUACAGGCAAAAUCAAUUUGAGUGGAUCAGUUGAAAAAUCUGCAUCAUUCCAAAUGGUUUCUGCAUUCAUUUUUUUUUUUUUGCCUUAAAUACUGUACUCGUUUAUGUUCAUCCAUGUAAAUACUGUGGUGCUUUAAAGUUUGAGAACACUUGAGAAUUUUUUUUCUUAUAUUUAUGUAUUUUUAUGGGAAAACAGAAAACCCAAGUACACAAUACCUGUGAGUGGGAAAAGUGUGUGAACCUUUGCUUUCAGUAUUUGGUGCGACCCCUCCUGCAGUAAAAUCUGAAAAUUGGGCCCAAACUAGGAUGCUUCCACCACCACCAAAAUGAUACUGUGUUCAUUUCUAGUGAGUUCAACAGAAUAGUUAUUUUUCCAUAAUUGUUAUGGACAGCAAUGGUUUUAAAUUCUCUCCCUUUGUACAAAAUUUGUUCACUCUGAAUUGUGAAUACAUGGUCUUAUUCUUAAAACCUAAAAAAGGUUCCUAAAAACCAUCAGAGUUGGAUAGAUCCCUGUUUUUUUUUUUAAAUAAAACAGGGUGCACACUCACACCUCAUUGUCAUUGGGUGGGCUGCAAACACGACUCUUAAAGUCCCUUUUAAUUACUGUUAAUCCCAGAGGUUCACAUAUGUUUGUCACUCACAGAUAUGUAAUCAUUUUCUUCAGUAAAUGAAUGACCAAGUAUAUUUUUUUUGUCUUAUUUGUUUAAAUGGUUUUAAAUUGGUCAAUCCUAAGGACUUUCUUUAUGAUGUUUUAGGUCGUGUUUGUGCAGAAAAUUCUAAACGGUUCACAACCUUUCAAGCAUCACAGUAUGUCAGUGACAGAAAUGUGAAAAAGGGUCUUAAAAAGGUCAUAUAGGAUUUAUCAGUAAAAGUGCCACAAAAUCCUUUAGAUAGGUAUUAUUUAUAUUCACAUACAGUAAGAUUGUCUAUUUCUGAAGUUUCUUUGUGCUGCUAUUCCCAACCUGCUUUGGGAGAUUUUCAUUUCAUUAUAUCCCCUAGGCUUAAGUCCUUAGAGUGGCUUUCUUUCCUUUAAAAAAGAGAUUGGAGCACUUCAAGCCCCAUUUAUAAUUUAUUUUAAAAGGGUAUAAGAAAAAGAUUGGCUUUUGUAAUCUAACAGUAUUAUUGGUAAUCUAGCAACAAAUUGAAAUAAAGCUGGAAAAAUAUACGGCUUAAUUUGCUUUUUACUUUGCUUCGAUGCAACUGAUGAUUAAAAAAAAAGAAAAAAGAAAAAGUAUUAUUCGGCCAUUAAUUAUACCUGUGCCUCAUGUUUGCCCCUGUAUGAAAUGGGAUGUUGGUAACAGAAGCCAUGGGGCUCUGUCUGCAUCACUUUUCUGGUUCAUGUGCCUGUAACUGUGAUGGCUGUGUUGUGUUGUGCCGUGUCUCCCUUAGGACUAUUCAACAACUUACUGUUGACUUUGGCAAAGAGGGAAGAUGAUUGUGAUGCUUUUGUUUGUUUCUCUCUCUCUCUCUCUCUCUCUCUCUCUCUCUCUCUCUCUCUCUCUUAGCCCCUUUUACAAAUGUUUUCAAAUGCAGUACACUACUAUAUACUGUAGAAACUAUACUACCUGCCCGAGUGGUGAUCACUGUUGUUCAUUUUGUUGAAGAAUUUCGAGAGCAUUACAUUGGAUGCAAAAAAAAAACCCAACCAAACAAAAAAAUGAGAUUUUUCUAUGUUGCCAAAGUUCCACUACAAAUAUUCUUUAAUGCAUCAGAUUUUUUUGUGGAGUAUAAGUUUGUUUUCAUAUGAAACAAUGGGCUAUAAUACAAGCCCUAGGUCACAAGUUGUUGAACAGUCCGCAAACCAUGCAAUGCUUGAUAUUGAUUCGAAAUGAAAAUAGUCUACUAUCAAAGGUAUGGUAACUAAUGUAACUUGCAAUGUGCAAUAGAUGUGCAAUGGGUUUCUAAAUGUUGUAAAAGCAUGUCACCUUUGUGUGAAAAAGAAUUUGGAAAUGGUCAACCUAAUGACUGACCAUUAUAAUAGGAUAUAGCCUUCUUGUUUGUAACUCUCCCCAGAUAAUUGUUAACGACCAAGUUUUUUUGUACAUAAUGUCAUAAUUGUAUACAUUGUAAAUAGCCAAGUCAUUUGCGACAACAAUCAUUUAGGAUCAGAAAUCUAGUAGAGACGUGGCUUGUAAAGGAGAAGCUGUUUGUUUGGAGUGGCCCUGUAAACCUGUGGGGAACCGGCAUGCUUUCAGAGCUCUCUGCAUAACCACGAGUCCAACAUUAUUCAUCUGCCAUAAUAAAACCACACCAUGUUCUUUAA